GAGAGGGGGCCGUGGGCUCGCGGGCCAAGUGGGGCCCCUGCUCGCGCAGGCGAAAACGAGGUCUCGCGAGCUCCCAGCCCGUCGGGCGGUGGAGUCUACGGCCGGGGCAGCCCAAUCGCAACCGGCGCGAAGAUUGACAGCCGGCGAAGUCGCACGUGACUGUGUUGCUAGGUUACAUGACCCGGUCGCUGCUGCGCCGCUUCCAAUCAGGAGAUGGCCCGCCUACAUUUUGCGGCAUUAGUUGUGGAUUGGUGAAACUCUCUCAAAUGACAAGUACUUCAGCCAAUGGGACCAAGUCAGUAGUCAAAGCCCCGCCUCCAGGCCGUCCCGGGGCUGGCGGUUGAAGUAUGUUCGAGGCGGGCAGGACCCCGCGGCCGGCGGUGACGCUGCAGCUGGGCAGUUACGCGGGGUUCGUGGGCGCGCACUGGUGGAACCUGCAGGAUGCUGCGUGGUGCCGUGACUCGGAGGCGGCGGGGCGCGAGAUCUGCCCCGAUGUGCUGUACCGCGCUGGGCGGACCCUCGGCCGGCCGGAGACCUACGCGCCGCGCCUCGUCCUGAUGGACUUGAAAGGAAGCCUCAACUCUCUGAAAGAAGAGGGAUGUUUAUAUGGGGACAUGAAAAGAGACACCUCGGUAGCUUGGCCGGGUAGUCUGUCGACUCAUCAAGAAGAUCCUCCUGCAAAGAAUCUUUUUCUACAAGACCUCAGCAAACUGGAGGUUUUGGUGUCUAGACCAGAGGUGGGCAAACGACGGCCCACGUGGCCCAGCCCUCGGCUCCUCCCUGCUGUUCCCCCUCCCCCACAGCCUCAAUGCACCGCGCCACACUCUGGGCAACCGGGCAGCCCAGUUGCAGAGCCGCAGCUGGUUGCCCAGUUGCAGAGCGCCGCCAGCCACUGGUGCUCCAGGCCGUGUGCUUUUUGUUGCAGGGAGGCAUAUCCUCUGAUGGAGACUUUGGUCCCAGAGCUCUUCCUCUCAGUAAAGAAGGGUCACCAGUUGGAAGGCAGCGUGCAGGUUUGGUCUGAUUACCUCCGCGUGCAUCUGCAUCCCAGAAGCAUCUUCAUGAUACAUCAGUACAACUAUGAUGGGGAGUCCAGUCAACUUGAAGCCUUUGGACAAGGUGAAAGCCUCCUGCACAACUCCACUUACCUAGAGGAGCUGGAAGAUAGAUUGCACUUCUACGUGGAAGAGUGUGAUUAUCUGCAGGGUUUUCAGAUUCUGUGCGACUUGAACAAUGGAUUUUCUGGAGUUGGAGCUAAGGUGACAGAACUGCUCCAUGAUGAGUAUUCAGGGAGAGGAAUCCUGACAUGGGGACUGACUCCAGUCAUUCAUAAUGUUGGGGUGUCCUGGAAGGAUUUUUACAGGCUGAUGAACACAGUCCUGGGAAUUGUCCAUCUCUCCACUCACAGCUCACUCUUUUGCCCACUGUCACUCAAUGGAAGUCUGGGACUCAAACCAGAAGCCCCUGUUACACUCCCAUAUGUACAUUAUGAUGCCUCUCUAAACUAUCACAGCAGUGCAAUCUUGGCAACAGCAUUGGAUACCCUCAGUGCUCCAUACAGGCUCCAUUCUUCCCAGUUCUCCAUGGUACAGCUUGCAGAUGCAUUUAACAGCUCUGGGAGAAAGGUUGUGGCUGCAGGGGCUGCUGUACCCUUUCCUAUGGCAUAUGGUCAGUCUCUCCCAGAUGCUUUGUGCAGCUACCAGCUUGCAGUGCCAUGGACACCAUUGUCUUCGUGUGGGGAGCAAAAGGACAGCUGCUGUUUUGCUCAGUCUGUUGUGCUGAGAGGAAUUGGCAAAGAAAAUCUUAUCAGUAAUCUUCCUCCAGGGUCACAACCCAAGUCUGCCCUACAUGUUUGUGAAACUGGGGAGGAGGUUCUAGGAAGCUACUUACGUGCUCGGUGCCCAGGGACAUUCAGCACCUCAUAUUUGCUUCAGGGCCCAUGUAAAGUGUUACCCCCAUACCCCCAAUUUUUCUCUGCUCUUCUAAACAAGCAAGGUUUCCUCCUGGACAAGCUUCCUAGGUGCUCAACAGUCGAAAGCAUCCCUGUCCUAACAGCACUGCAGUCAUCACCUGCUCUGUACAGUGCUCUCAACAGUUUAUAUAAGGAGCUGCAUCGAGUGGAUGUACAGCGCUGGGCUAGCUUCUUCUCUGCAGGCGUUGAACUUUAUGAUUUUCAGGAGGCCCUACAUGAGCUAAGAACGCUGUCCCAAUGCUAUAAAACAAGCUCGGAGUUUGAUGAAUCUGAAGAGGAAGCAGACUCAGAUUAACUCUACUGCUUAUCACUUUAGGAAGAAGAUAAACUUUGAUUUUUUUUUUUUAAAUGUUGAACUAGGGCACUGGCUUUUUAAAGAAUAAAAUGUUACUGCAAAUUAA